GUUGACAAUGAGUAGUCCGAAUAUGUCGGUCGAGGAGGGAGAACCGGUGCGGGCAAUCAUCAUUGGCGCGGGUCAACGUGGUCGAACGUAUGCACAGUAUGCAUUAGAGCAUCCCGACCUCUUUAAGAUUGUCGGCGUGGCAGAGCCACGCGAGUAUUGGCGCAACUACGUGGCCUCGACGUAUUCCAUUGACAGCCAGUACGUGUUUGACGAUUGGACGGCGGCGGCAGCGGUCGGAAAGUUCGCCGACUGUGUGAUCAUUGCGACCCAAGAUGCGCUACAUGCAGACCCAGCUGUGGUGUUUGCCGACUUGGGCUACCACAUCCUCCUGGAGAAACCCAUGGCUGUGACCAAACCCGACUGCCUCCGCAUCCACGCUGCCGUCAAGCGCAACAACGUGAUGCUGUCCGUGUGCCACGUCAUGCGAUGCAGUCCCUACUCGCUCAAGCUGCGCGAGCUCACGCGGCAGCUGGGCACGGUCGUGAACAUUCAACACAUGGAACCUGUUGGGUUUUGGCAUCAGGUGCAUUCGUACGUUCGCGGCAACUGGUGUCGGGAGGCCGACGCGACGUUCAUGUUGAUGGCCAAGAGCUGCCACGACAUCGACUACCUCCAUUUCCUCAUGGAGAAACCUCCGCGCGCCGUCUCUUCGUUUGGAUCGCUCGUGCAUUUUCGACCCGACCAGAAACCUGUCGGCGCGUCGACUCGAUGCCUCGGGUGUCCCGUGGAAGCAGAGUGCGUCUACUCUGCCAAGAAGAUCUACUUGGGCGUUCCCCCCAUUCAAGUUUCCCAACCAGUUGUGAAGAUCGAAGAAGAGAGCCAGCAUGGACAGCAUGACCCUGUAGGUCGAAAGAGCCUAGUGCCAUGGUACAACGGCGACCGCAGUGCCGCGGCGGGCUACCAAGGCUGGCCAUUGUCUGUGUUGGACGGUACGCAGUGGUCGGUCGUUGGAACAUGCAUGUUGGUUGGUUGGAAUGAUUGUAGCUAGAUGAACCGACGGUCGAGUCCAUCACGGAAGCUCUGCGCACGGGGCCGUACGGGCGAUGCGUGUAUGCUUGCGACAACGACGUCGUGGACAAUCAAGUGGUGAACUUUCAGUUCGUGGACGGCGCCACUGCCUCGUUUACCAUGGUCGCGUUCACGGAGGCCACGUGUGUUCGAACGACCAAAGUAUUUGGCACCAAGGGUGAACUCACCGCCGACGGGUACUCGAUCCGACACUUUGAUUUCCUGUCCCGACUCGUCACCGAGCACAUCCCGUCGACAUUGUCAUCCUCCAAGUCGAAAAUGACAGGCCAUGGCGGCGCCGACUACUUCUUGAUCGAGAACUUUGUCCAUGGCGUGCGAACAAACGACCCGAGCGUCCUCCUCACGGGGGCCGACGAGUCCUUGCAGUCCCAUUUGAUGGUGUUUGCGGCGGAGGAGGCUCGGGUGGCGGACGCCGUUGUCCAUUUUUGAACAUGGCAACUUGAUCGAAUGAUAAAAUAUCCGGAUUUAUCCUCCGGAUAAACCAAUAAUGCGAUUGCCUCCCGUUCGAUUUCA